AUGUUGACUCCAGCGUUUACUGUUAGUCAAGACGAGGACUACAUCAUCGUGGUACUCAAGUGUCCAUACGUUCGUUCGCAGGAUGUGGAAUUCUUCAUUGAUCAGACCGAAUUCAAGUUUGCGAUACGGCCAUACUAUCUCAAGCUGACAUUCCCUUGUGCGAUCAUCGAAGAUGGUAGAGAAACCGCUUCUUACGAUAUCGGAGCUGGAGAGAUGACUAUCAAGCUUCCAAAGAUGAAUGCCGGAGAGCACUUUCCUGAUCUAGACUUGUUAAGUACUCUGGUCUCUGCUCGACAACCACAACAGUUGCAAGCUCCGAAAAAAGUUGGAAUACAGAUGCUCGAAGACAGUGAUGACGAGUCUGAUGAAGAAAUGGAUUCCGAUCUUGUACCGGACUGGGACGAACCAACGCAACUGCUCGAUCAACCAUCACUCACUGGAUCGCAUUACGGCUUUAACAAUCAAUACAGUGGUGACGGUUCACACGUUCGCUCACUCCUUUCAGACAUACUCGAUGUGAAGGACAUUGAUACUUCGACGCCCUCAUCGAGACGUAAUUCUCGAUUGGAAGUAGAAGAUUCUAGAUUUGACGAAGAUUAUUACAUGCAAGUGUUUGCCGAUUACAUGGACGAUCAAAUCAUAUGUCACCUAGUAUCUAGAGAAUCAGAGUACUCCAAGAUCUGGAAACAAAUGAGAUAUGCCAACACAAACUUGGUGGAUGAGCUACAACGAUUGGAACUCGACCAGUCCACGUCACCGACAUUGAGCACUGACUCGAAUGCAGAUGGUACGCUAGUGAACAUGAUGGCAUCAACGUCAUUGCGAGAACAUCCUACUGCAUCGUUACCGACUCCUGCUCCUUCACCUGACCGCGAUGUGAAGAAAGUAGACCCGGUAGAAUCCAGUAUAGUAUUUACACCGUCAGAGCAAGAAGUUAUGAGAAACCUACCAAAGAAGCCAUAUUUGAUUGAGGACUCGAAACAACUGUAUCUUGGACUAGUGGAUAUACUGUAUGCAUACUGUCUCGAUUCUCGCAUCACUGAAGGAGAACAUACUCGUGAAUCCGCCAUUCUCAUCGGCAAAUUGUCCAGCUCGUUUUCAUGUUUUGAGGUAUUCACAACCGCCCAAGAAGUCCUAACGGCAUGCUACCGCAGAUCCCUAAUCUUCCCCUUACACCGUAAUUUCGCACUCUCUGUCGCCGCCCAUCGAGACGUUACCAUCCUAUUAAACAUUGGAAAACGAGCGAUUCUCAAGGUCCUCAUAUCUCUAAAAUUAAUGAUGGAUCACGAUGAUCGAGCAUACAUGCUCUGUCGUCUGUGGGUUGAUGAUUAUGCUGUAUGGGUGCAGAGUUGUAGUGACCAUGUUUUGGCUAGUCUGGCAAGUAAACUUGGGUCGAUACAAAUUGAAAAGGGUGAUUUGGGAUGGAAUCUGGAAGCGUAUGAGCGACUUGCUCUAGAGUCUGAAGAAGGGUUUGAUGAAGAGGCAGAUGAGUUUGAGGCUGAGGAGUAA